GGCGAUAUAACGGAAAAAGAAAUCUACUAUAACAUACCAUAAAUUUGACUUUUGCCUGUAACCAAUCAAUAUAAUGACAAAUAGAAACAAACGUGCGAGUGCGGGUGCGGGUCAAUAACUACAUUUUUUUCACAUGCCAAGAUAAUGCGAAAUGAUGGAAGCAGAAUCACGAUCUAAUAUAUAGCCAUAAAUACCCAGGUCGAGCGUUUCGGAAUUCUUCUAAGUACAAUGUGUGAUACAGAUAUCUUCGAUUAGAUAUUCUAAAAUAGUAAAAUAAAGAAACGUAUCCAGUGAAAAAUUGUCAAAUUAUACCUCAUUUUGUAAGAUUAUAAUCGAAUUUUUGUGCAACAAAAUCAAGAUUAUAAUCGAUUGGAAUCUUUCAAAUCAACAAUAAUUCGAUUUUUAAUCAGAACGUAAUCUUGUAAAUUAAAUAUAGUUUUAAUUAAAAUCAUGUAGUUCUGAUUAAAGAUAAAGUAAACCAAGUUUGUAUGAUUUUAGUCGAAAUUAUGUUUGAUUUACAAGAUUACGUUCUGAUUAAAAAUCGAAUUAUUGUUGAUUUGAAAGAUUCCAAUGGGUUAUGAUCCUGAUUUUGUUGCACAAAAAUUCGAUUAUAAUCUUACAAAAUGA